AUGCUCUUCAAAAAGACCAUCCAAGAGCAGGCUCCACAGCAGCUCUGGAAGGAAAACAAGUUUGUGACAAAGGGAUUAACGAUGCCUCUGGUGCAAAAUCCAGCAAGCCAAGGUCAGCCCAAGCAGCUAGUUAAGGCAACAAUGCAGGAGUACUACAGGAACACCGGUGACCUCGCUGCAUACUGGCCUGACAUGUACUGGCUGGCCAGGUCCAAAGUAACAAUUGCAAAAAAAAAGCACAACUCAUUUUUUGCCAAUGAGAAUGAAUACAUCACCAGGAGAACAAGUCUCUACAACAGCACAGCCUCCUCCUACCCAAGCUGUAGCUGUGCCUGUGCCAUUCUGGAAUCCAUCUGGGUGAUGGUCUGGCUGCCCCUCCUUGCCCUUACCCUCCCCAUCCCUCCACUUUCAGAGAGGGAGGUGGUCGCUGACAUGGCUCACAGGCUGCCCGUGUACACUGUGAUAGGGAGGGGGCCUUCCCAGGGCUACUACAGCCCCUGUCCUGGGCACCGCUACUGCCUGCAAGGGCUCGACUACUCCAUUGAUGGAGUCCCUGCCAACAGAAGGCAUCUCCACACACUAGGAGAGAGGGCUGUAAGGAGUAUGCCCUGCUGCAGUUACAGCCCCAGAGCCAUGUUCUGGACAUCUACACAUCACCUCCAGCCAUCCCCAGAAACUAAUCCUAGGUGGGACACAAGCCACUUCAAAAUGACCGGGGGAGUCCAGUGA